GACCAGAGCCCGCAGUCUCUUUGGAAACUUCUGCCGGGGGUAAAAAGAGCUAGCAAAGAGCUGCAAAGCUGUUUGGGCUUUUUCCCUUUUUUGUUCCUGAUCGUAACCCCCUCCUCGGUCUGCACCCUUCUCCGGACUUCACGCAGAACCUGCGUGUUUCGAAGAGGUGGUGGCAGAGUGGGAGACAAGAGGUGUUAGGGUCCAGGUUUGGUGAGGUUUAGGUUUUUGCUGAUUUAUUUUUUCUCUUGAUUUCAACAUUUUCCCCCAUCUUCUUGGCAGCCGCCGACGCUUCUUACCUGUUCUGAGGCAGCGGCGAAGCUCGCAGCAGAGGCUUGGAAAGGAGUGGGGGUGUGUUUGAGAUUUUAAGCAACAAGAAAAAAAUUAAGCCAAGUCCAUUUUUUUCUUCAUCACCCCCAUUUCCACAGCCUCCGAGCUCAUUAUUUCUGUUGCUUUUGGGGUGAGCAAUUCUGUGUUCCCCCCACCCCUGCAAUUCUGAUCCGAUCCCGCCUCGGGGUUUCUUCCGUCCCCGCUCACUCUGCGUGCACCUGGCGCGCCUCUUUUUUUCACCCCCAACCUGUUGCAAGUCUUUAAUCCUUGCAAUUGGGACUUGCGUGCAGGCACCUGAAUCCUCCUUGCCUCAUAUUUUGCAAGUGUUUGGGGGAGGGCACCUGCUCUACCUGCAAAAGAUUUAAAAAAAAAAAAAAAUCUCCAGGCGCCCUCUUGGCCCCUUUCUCUACGCACUCUCGCUCUCCUGCCCCGCCCCAAGGUAAGCGAGACUGGAGAAAAUGGUGCUCAGCGCGGUCCUCCUGCUGCUGGCCGCCUAUGCCGGGCUGGCUCAAGGCCUGGGCUCUUUCGUGCACUGCGAGCCCUGCGACGAGAAAGCGCUGUCUAUGUGUCCCCCCAGCCCUCUGGGCUGCGAGCUGGUCAAGGAGCCUGGCUGCGGCUGCUGCAUGACUUGCGCCCUGGCGGAGGGACAGUCGUGCGGCGUCUACACUGAGCGCUGCGCCCAAGGUUUGCGCUGCCUCCCCCGGCAGGAUGAGGAGAAGCCGCUGCAUGCCCUGCUGCACGGCCGCGGGGUUUGCCUCAACGAAAAGAGCUAUGGCGAGCAAACCAAGAUAGAGAGAGACUCUCGAGAGCAUGAGGAACCUACCACCUCCGAGAUGGCUGAAGAGACCUAUGCCCCCAAGGUCUUCCGGCCCAAGCACGCUCGCAUUUCUGAGCUGAAGGCCGAGGCUGUGAAGAAAAAUCAGAGGAAGAAGCUGACUCAGUCUAAAUUUGUGGGAGGCGCAGAGAACACUGCCCACCCCAGAGUCCUCCCUGCGCCUGAGAUGAGACACGAAUCUGAACAAGGACCCUGCCGCAGACACAUGGAAGCUUCCCUGCAGGAACUCAAAGCUAGCCCACGUAUGGUGCCCCGUGCUGUGUACCUGCCCAACUGUGACCGCAAAGGAUUCUACAAGAGAAAGCAGUGCAAGCCUUCCCGUGGCCGCAAACGUGGCAUCUGCUGGUGUGUGGACAAGUACGGGAUGAAGCUGCCAGGCAUGGAGUACGUCGAUGGGGACUUUCAGUGCCACACCUUCGACAACAGCAACGUUGAGUGAUGCGUCCCCUCCCGCCCUCCCCCUUUCCUACCCCCAGCCCCAACUCCAGCCAGCGCCUCCCUCCACCCCAGGACGCCACUCAUGUCAUCUCAUUUAGGGGAAAUAUAUAUACAUAUGUAUUUGAGGAAACGGAGGACCUCGGAAUCUCUAGCAAGGGCUAAGGAGACACUUCCCACCCCAACCCUGAAAAUGUAUUUCUUUUUGAAGCAAGUUGAGCGGACAGCGCAGGGAUGACGAGAAGGAGCAAGAGGGAUGGAGAGACGGAAAGAAAGCAUUGGAGUAGACGAGAGGGAGUGGCAGGUAGGGUUACGGAGAGAGAAAGAGAAACAGAGACAGAAAGGACACCACAACCAGGGCUGGCUCUGUCCUUCACUUCCAGCCCUAGCCAGAGGUCAGAGAGGGGUUGGGAUGCUCAAAAGUGCGGCAUUCAGUGACACCCAGCUUAGACUGGUCAGGGGAAGAAAAGAAACAACUCCAGUGCCCUCUCCCUGAGUCUGUCACUCCCCCCCCUCCAGCUGUGUGCAUGGCUAGACCCCUGCCCCUCCUCUCCUCUAACCAGAGCAGGGUGGUUUCAUCCCCAAAUCUACAAACACUAAAAUGCAUUCCGUCCCUCCGAGAACAAAGGAAACUGAGUGACUGUAGGUUUUUCCCCAAGUUGGAUGAGUGAACUCAAACUGUGUACAGAUUUUACUCUUGAUGGAGAAUUUUUUUAGAAGUCAGUGCCUGCCCCCAACACUGGAAAGACUUGACUUUCCAGGGUGACAGCAAGCAUUCAGAAGCUUGUGGCCUCAGCCCUUGAUUUCACUAGACUCAUAGCUGGCCCAACAGUCUCUGUGGAGGAGGAGGAUAGGCGGAGAAAGCAAAGGGGCGUGUACUUAACUACAAGGCUCCAUGUAGACAUAUAUAGGCAUAUCAAUUAUUUUCUUUAUUUUUUUUUCCUCUUCUUUUCUUUCAAAGUAUUGCAUUACCUCUUUAAAGUAGUUCCCUUAGGGUACUGAAGAGCUUCCUCAUUCUGGGAAAAUCCAUAUUCAACUAAUACAAUCCAUACCACUAGCUUUGCCUGCUUCUGAGCAGCCUUCCCCAUGAGCUAGAAAUUUGGCUCUUUUGUAGGACAGUGUCAGAUCUUCUCAUGAUUCCCAACCUGUGUUUAAAUGUAUCCACCAAGCCAGGUAGCUGCCAGCAACCAGUGACGCAUCACCUAUGCAGCCUGGGCCAUGCCAUGUCACCCUUCCAACCCUCAGGAAGUAACUGUCUUACGCCAUGAUAUAUAAGCCCACCAGAUGCAUUUUUAACCCACUGGCCUGCCCAGGCCUUUCCUUCUAUCUCUUCAGAACUAUACUUUGAAAGUCUCCCACAGAUGCCAAGCUAACAGGUCAGAGAGAAACUGACAUGAGAGAUGGCUGAGGUAGGGGUCAGGGCUUCCAGAGAAAGAACUAGAAGAUGAAGCAGGGACUAGGGCCUGGGGGAACAGGAAAGAGACGGAAAGAGGGAAAUACCAGUAGAAUUUCCCUUGGCUUCUCCCAGCUAAUAAACCUUCUCGAAUUUGAGAGGGAAUUCUGAGGUAGAAACUAGUGCAGUUCAGUCUCAGAGCCCAGAUGGUGGAGAGCUGAGGCAGGAUCUAGACUUGAGAAGCGUGGUUGGAAACGAGGAUCAAUAGCCUGACUGAGUAUUGAAGGGACAAGAGGAUGCGCCUCAGACACCACACCUUCAGGUCAACUUCAGCCCACAAGAGGGGACUGAGGCCCAAGAAAAAUCCAAGCUCUUCAUCUCUUCACCUGCUCUGCCCCAUGCAUACACCCUCUCUGACGUGGAGGAUGGCGUAAAGCCCAAGACAACUCAGGCAUACAUCUUCAUGGCUGUUGUCAUUUGCCAGCCAGAUUUUGAUCCAAGAAAAAAAAUGUCAUUGUCCACUGGCUUCUUCAACAAAGGGUUGGCCUAGGACUGUCCUUGAAGAUGGAAGACAGCCUGCCAGGAAGGGUGACUAGCACACUGGUACAGGAGGCCCCAUUUUUGAUGUGGACACAGCUCUUUGCUCUUUCUUGAUGACAUGGCAUAGUAGAGGCCCCCUACAACACUGAACUUGGAAUGACAAAAAGGGAUAGCAAAGAAAUAAACAUAUGUCAACUCAUGGGAAAUAGUUGGCUAUGGAGCUUAGGGAAUGUCUCCUAUUGCCUGGACAAGACAGCUGGCUGGGAAUGGAAGAUGUAAUUGGUCUUCAUAAGACAAAGGGCCUGAUGGGGAUGGCAAGACAAGCACUUACCAGACCUACAGGGUCAGUGUACCCAUCUCCCUGCACAAUGUCCCCAGCCCCCGACUCACACUUCAGAAUGUCUUAGGCCAGUAUCCUAACCCUUCUCCAUGAUGUUCUCCUUUCUGCAAUUAUUUCUCUGGAUCUUGAGCAAUCAUGUGACUGGGAUUUGCCAAGUGGAUACUGGGGUACCACUGCCCCUAAGAAAAGACUGAGCCAGGAACUGCCUACUCACCUACCCCUCCCAGGCCUGGACCUGACUCCUGAGAGGGGGGUGUUUUCACCCCACUACUUGCUGGACCUUGAAUGAGCCUCUGCCCCCUUACCUGGACCCUUUGUUGUGAGCCACGGAUGGAGGACAUUGUACAGACACUUCGACCUUCCCCAGUACAGCCUAUACCCCCAAACCUGUGAGUCUCUCCACUGCUUUUAGGGAGAAGCAUGUCUAGGCAGCUACUCUCUCCCUAGAGGAAGCUUGCCUUUAACAGACAGAUGGAACUAAACCUCCCAAAGAGGUCUGGCUGGACCAAGGAUAGAGACCAUGGAAAUGGGGUUACUGAGAGAAUAGGGCUUCUCCAUGUCAUGGGGGGAAAGGCAGGCUUGCAAUGGUCCCACCAUGCCCUGAGCAAGAAGCCUCUUGUCUCCAUCAGAGGCCUCCAGUUUGGGACUGACCACAGCCAUAGGUCUAAGUGUUCCCUGUCCCCAUCCCCACUGUCCCUUGGGAGGCUUCUUCCCAUCUCUUUUGACAAAAGCAGUAGAAAAGACAACUCUCUUCCCCCACUACUGCCAGGUUAGCUGAAAGAGACCCAGCCAGGACCGAUUCUCCAUCACAGAUAGUCUUGACCAUCCAGAACAAAGCAGGGAACCUAGGGAAGAGAAGCAUGUAUGUUUCUCUGACGGCCAGGCCUAGACAGACAAGGCUUGGGAACAUCUGCCCCACAAGAGGCUGAGGAGACUCCUCUUCUCCCUCCAAGACCCUCUUCCUACCAUGAUCUAUCUCCAUGGUAACAUCCUCACUACCAAGCUCCCUAGAAGAUCAGGUUGCCAUGGCAACCUCCAAACCCCCUGCCCCUUCCAGGCAGGGCAGCAGUCCUGCUCACUUAGACUCCUGGAGGGCUUUGGUGGAUAACCAAAACUUGACAGAGGAGUGAGUCAAGGGGAAGAGACCCUCUAGCCUUCUGGCUUUCAAGAGAAAGGAGGUUACAAUUUGAAAGAUGGUAGAAGGGACAAAGUUUUUAUCAACCAGGAGCCUGGGGGUUGUACUGUCUUUAUUUUAAAACCACUAAAGUGCAAGGGCUCUUGCACCAAUGUUACUCGGCCUUCUUUUCCCUUUUAGGUGCUUGUUUCUUUAAACAUAAUUUUCUUGGUUUUCCAAUGGAGUAUAGACGUUAGCCAUUUCACAGACUCUGGCCUCCUCUAAAAUCUUUCUGAAUGGGGAAAAGAAAGGUGGAGGGUCAGAGGGGAAGGGGUCCCUAGCCACCCUUCAUCCAUUCACCCCACUUCUCUGGUCCCUAGUCUCCAGCCUCGUCCCCAUCUCCAACACCAUCACACCGUCACACAGUAGCCUGUCACCGGAUAGCACAGUUCAGACAAGACUCCUUCAGAUUCCGAGAUGUCUACCGGUUGUUUUUGGGUUUUUUGUUUUGUUUUCAUUUUUUUUUUUUUUUACAGCAGCAAUAACCACAGCACAUAUUACCGUAGGUCUUUGUAGUGUUCCGUUCAGACACCAUAGCUCUGAUUUCACUUCUGUUUUUGUUUUCAACUUUUAAAGAAAAAAUGCUUAUACUUUAUACUGGUGAAAUGGAUGAAAAACUAAAAAUAAAACAGCAAGCCAGUUUGUGGAAAACAAAACUCGGGAAAAGAAGUCACCCCAGUGUGGAAGAGCUCGGCUCCUGUUUAGCAUAUUGUACUUAAGGAAAUAAAAAAAAAAAAAAAGAAAGAAAAACUC